AUGGGCAGAGCAGUUAUCGACGAGCUCUUAGCCACCGGCUACACGGUCACAUGUCUCGCCCUCUCCGACGAAGCCGCCGCUGCCCUGACAGCGAAAGGCGUCAAAGUACUCGGCGGUUCCUUUCGAGACUUUGAGAUCGUCAAGCAAAGAGCCAGCAAGGCUGACGGCGUGAUCAAGCUUGCAUUAAACCCUGUAUUCAGCAAGUAUGCGCAGAACUGCAUUGACGAGAAAGAGACCAUCGAAGCUAUAGGCUCACUCCUGGUGGGAACCAACAAGCCUCUGGCCACCACCUUUGGUACCUUGGUGCUCAGCCAUGGGAAAAUCGGCGCCCAAGACAAAGUCAGUGGUUAUGAACAACCGAUGAACAAACGGGCCCAGAAUGGGAAGGUCAUUUCCGGCCUUGCGGAGCAAAACAUGUGUGCGUGCGUCAUCCGUUUGUCGCCUACUGUACACGGCGAUGAGGACCAUGCGUUCAUCGAGCAGCUCACUGUUCUGGCCUGUUCGCAGCACCAUGCUAUCUACAUCGAUGGGGGAUUAAGCCGCUAG